CUCUCCGUCACCUUGUCGUUUGUUUUUAUUACACAGAAGACCUCUUGAGCGGUACGUUUCGUUUAACCAAGAAGGGCACAAUCGUCAUUUAAGCUACAUCUAUGAUAUCUCGCCGUCACCACCACAAGGCAGAUUAGAGGAAAUCAGACAGCUCAUUCAAACACACACACUCUCUCUCUAUCGGACACACACUGAGCGCUUUUCUUUAAAUUUCCUUCCAUUUUUUUUUUUGUUAGUAAAUUUUUAUUCAUUUUGAUUUAUAGUAAUGAUUCGAUUGAUUUGUUUAUUCGUCUCUUUGUUUUUACUCAAUUCCUUGUUUUCUGUUCUGCUCGAUUCUUCUCUCUCUCUCUGUGCUAAAGCCACAUGCAACUGAUUAUCCAUUGAUUCGCCGGAAAGCUUAUUCUUUCCCGGCAAGAAAUGCGAAAGAAUCGAAAACCCAAAAACCGGAUCGCUCUUGGGUUGUUUUUUAUCAAUCGAAAUGGCGAUUUCUAUUUUCAAUCCUGAUUACAUCAAUUCCGAGCUAUCGAAACCAACAUCGAUCUUUGGUCUCAAGCUUUGGGUCGUCAUCGGAAUUUUACUAGGAUCCCUUAUAGUCAUCGCUCUCUUCUUUCUCUCCCUCUGUCUAACCUCUCGCCGGAGAAACCGCAAGCCGCGUCACGCCGAUUUCGCAUCAGCCGCCGUAGCAACGCCGCCGGUUUCUAAGGAGAUUCAGGAGAUCGUUCGUCCUCCGGCGGCGGACCAUUACCAUACGACGCAGCCUGUCGCGGCGGAGAUCCAAGUGGAUAUCGGGAAGAUCGAGCACCGUGUGGUGUUCUCAGAUCGAGUCUCGAGUGGUGAAAGCAGAGGAACAGUGAGCGUCAGUGAAACGGCGUCGUUCUCGGGGAGUGGUUGUGUUGGGCCGGAGGUUUCGCAUCUUGGAUGGGGAAGAUGGUAUACUCUGAGAGAGCUCGAAGCGGCGACGAAUGGAUUGUGUGAAGAGAAUGUGAUCGGAGAAGGAGGCUAUGGAAUUGUGUACCGUGGCAUCUUAACUGAUGGAACUAAAGUCGCUGUCAAGAAUCUGCUUAAUAACAGGGGUCAAGCCGAGAAAGAGUUUAGAGUGGAAGUGGAAGCGAUAGGGCGUGUACGGCAUAAGAACUUAGUUAGGCUUUUAGGGUACUGCGUCGAAGGCGCAUACAGGAUGCUAGUUUAUGACUACGUGGAUAACGGCAACUUAGAGCAAUGGAUUCAUGGUGAUGUCGGUGACAAAAGUCCUCUAACUUGGGAUAUCCGUACGAACAUAAUACUCGGCAUGGCAAAGGGAUUGGCGUAUCUACACGAGGGUCUUGAACCGAAAGUGGUUCACAGGGACAUAAAGUCCAGCAAUAUCUUGCUUGAUCGUCAAUGGAAUGCUAAGGUAUCCGAUUUUGGACUCGCUAAGCUGUUGUUCUCCGAGAGCAGUUACGUGACAACCCGUGUAAUGGGAACUUUCGGUUAUGUCGCGCCUGAAUAUGCUUGCACCGGAAUGCUGAACGAAAAAAGUGAUAUCUAUAGCUUCGGGAUAUUGAUUAUGGAGUUAAUAACCGGAAGAAACCCGGUCGAUUAUAGUCGACCUCAAGGAGAGGUGAAUUUGGUUGAGUGGCUGAAAUCUAUGGUUGGGAACCGAAGGUCAGAGGAAGUGAUCGAUCCAAAAAUACCAGAACCGCCAACAUCAAAGGCUCUUAAACGCGUGUUGCUAGUUGCGUUGCGUUGUGUGGAUCCGGAUGCAAAUAAAAGACCUAAAAUGGGUCAUAUCAUACACAUGCUUGAAGCUGAAGACUUGUUCUAUCGCGACCAGGAACGACGAGCCACGAGGGAGCAUGCAAGCCGCGAUUACAGCAAGCAACAGGCUGCGGUUUCAGCGGAUGCGACGACUGUGCCUGAGAUAAGCGAAAGUGACAGUUCAAGAGACCCAAGAUAGAAGAAGUACAAGAUGUAUGAAGAGAGACUCGCUGGAAAAUAUCUGGCCAUUCAUUUUUCAAAUUUUGUUUUCCUGAUUAAAAACCAGUUACUAAUUAUUGUGUGACAUUUUUAUUCUUUUUAUUAUUAGGCUUAUCUCACUCACGUCUAAUUAGGAGUUUUCUUUGUAUAUAUAUAAUUUUUUUUGUUCAAACAUCGCCAACUUAGAAACAGCCAGAGAGCUACUAGCUUUAGUUUUCGUUGUUGUUGUUAGAGGAUAUGAAUAUGUCAAACACAUGAUCAUUGUCGUUUGGUUAAUAUUAUCUAUGAUGUGUGUGGAUUGUGGACCAAACCUAUAGCUGUUACUUGUUCCAACAUAAGG